AUGACAAGGCUACAGAAGACGCCUCCUAAUGGCUCAGCACCAUUGCAAACUGCUGUACCCUAUGAAAAUCUGCCACUGUCCGCGCAGCAGCCCGUUCCUGUAACCUCGGCCCUGCUACCGAGUUCAUACAACGAUCUUCCCUCGACAAACCCUUUCUCUCCAAACUUUGCGCCUCAGCCAGCACCUUCUGCUGCUGCGCAACCUGAUCACCUCACCAAUCCUUUCUCACCUGUGUCGCCGAUCAGUGACCCUCGACCAUUCGAACGAGCAUCGCAACCCACCAUCCACGCUCCAGAGCCUCAGCGACCAAAUGGCCAACGCAAUCAUGCGAGUCUACAACGUCCAGACGCAAAGCCCUCCACUUCCACCAACCAUGCCGAGAAAGGCCCCAAACACGUGAGAGUCGCGAAGGAUAUGUUUGAUGGUGCGCUUCCACCAAUGUACAAACGACAAGCAUCAGAUCCAAUUAAGCCUGGCGAUGUUGCACAGGCGUUGUCGAGUACUCAUGAAUGCGGUUCUUGCGGCAAGAAAAUCGCAGAGGGUGCAAGUUGCACAUGUGGAAAGCGCAGAUCCAAUACGCCAGCAGCACGCCCAGCAAAUGGUACCAACCAUAGCCGUACAACCUCAGCAGGUGUCAAUUCAGAGAGAUCAAUCGCAUCAUCGAGUACUGCUGUACAAUCGCAAUCCUCAUCAUCAGCACCUGCCCACUCUUGCAACAAAUGCGGCAGGCACAGGAGGCCAGGCUCUCUGGAACACGUCCCGACCAUUAGCCCCACACAGGCUCAGCCUGAUGCCAGACUUCAACGAGCUGGUCUUGCGAUUCAACCCAACGCCGCUCCCAAUCAAAACCCCAUUUAUCCUCAAAUCGACAUUAUUCCUCCUUCGGCGACCACGUAUCGUCGAACAAAUACUAUUCAGACCCCAUUCACUCCCUAUGGAGAGGAAUCACCACUAGUGACUGGCCCUGCCCAGCCUCAAUCCCCACCGAGAAAGCCAGAGUCAAAGGGUGGCUUCCGGAAUAAUUCCAUUGUCCGCUCGCUUUCUCGCCGCCUGAGCCGAAGGGAGAAGGAAAAGGAUAAAGAAGUGCCAGCCGCACCCCUCCCUAGCCAGCAGCUAGCCGCGUCCGAGAAUGGAACCAGUGAGCAGAGUGCAGGACGACUCAUUAACAUGAUAUCGACCGCCAUGCAGGAGCCAGCCCAUGGACGUGAUCAGCAGUAUGCCAAGAUCGAAGUGUCACCUCCAGACCGCCCUGGAUCUCCAUUCUCUUUCGUUGGUGAGAGAGACGAAAGCGAAACUUUCAAGAAAGAAGCCGGUUUCGACAGCAACGCAGAAUAUACACCCAACAAACAAGACACCCUUGAUGUCGUUCCCCGACCAAAAUCUGCAGAUGCACACACUGGCCGACAUCUCUCACCUGGAGAUGCGGAAAGACCCCAGAUUACCAGAUUCAAGAGUCUAAGGGUCGGAGUCAACAGAGUCAAUCAGAGCAUCAGCAGAAGCCAGAGCUUGAAGAGAAUGAGCAGUGUCAAGACAGCGCAUCAUGCCUGGUACGUUGAUGGCUCAGACGAGAACUCCCUCCCUGUCUUUUGA